AUGCUGGGUGCCAGGGGGCUGCCCAGCCCCACCGAGGCUCUGCCAGGCAGGAGUGAGGUGACAGGGAAAGGUCUGGGACAGAGUGCUCCAGGCACCAGAGCAGUCCUGGGGAAGGUGAUAGCACUUGGGCCAGCCACCCAUGCUGUCAGUGGAAACCCCACAGUCCCACCGUUCCCAGCGGAGAUGCAGGCAGCAAUCUUUGGUAUGGGCUGUUUCUGGGGAGUGAAGCAACUCUUCUGGGAGCUGCCAGGGGUCUUCUCCACCCAGGUGGGCUAUGCAGGAGGCUUCACCCCCAACCCCAACUAUGAAGAAAUGUGCACAGGGCUGACAGGACAUGCUGAGGUGGUGAGGGUCAUCUUUGACCCCCAGAAGAUCAGCUCUGAGAAGCUGUUCAAGGUCUUCUGGGAGUACCAUGGUCCCACACAAGGCAUGCAGCAGCAGGAGGACGUUGGCACCCAGUACCGCUCUGUCAUCUGCACACUGGGGCCCCAGCAGCAGGCAGCUGCCCUCUGCAGCAGGGACGCAUACCAGCAGGAGCUAAGAGAGCAGCAGCAUGGGGAUACCACCACUGUCAUUGAGCCAGCUGCUGCCUUCUACUACACCGAGGGCUACCACCAGCAGUACCUGCACAAGGUGCCCAGAGGCUACUGUGGCCUGAAGGGCACUGGUGUCACUUGCCCCCUCGCCUCUGGAGAGGCCACCUCCUGUCCCUUGACUUGUCCUCAUGUCCCUGGCAUUGCAGGCAGGUACCCACAUGUCACAGGCCAGCCCCACACACUGCAGCUCCCCACUUCUCAUUGA